AUGGAUACCGCCCUCAAGUCAUGGGAGCUCGACAACAACAUCCAGCUAGUCGACCCUCACCGCGACGCCCUCUACACCUACGAUAUAGCCGAACAAAAGGCUAUCAACGAUGCCAAACCCUGGAAAACCGACCCUCAUCACUUCAAGAAUGUACGGAUCUCCGCCGUUGCUCUUCUUAAGAUGGUGAUGCACGCUCGCUCCGGCGGCUCCAUUGAGGUCAUGGGCUUGAUGCAGGGUAAGAUCGCCGGCGACACUAUCAUCGUGACCGACGCAUUCCGACUCCCCGUCGAAGGAACGGAAACACGAGUUAACGCCCAAGACGAGGCGAACGAAUACAUGGUCGGUUAUCUACAGGCUUGUCGUGAGCAAGGCAAGCUUGAGAACGCGGUUGGUUGGUAUCAUUCUCAUCCGGGUUACGGAUGCUGGUUGAGUGGUAUCGAUGUCAGCACACAGGCAACGCAGCAAACCUUCUCGGAUCCUUUUUUGGCUGUAGUCAUUGACCCUGACCGCACGAUCUCAGCUGGUAAGGUCGAGAUUGGCGCUUUCAGAACUUACCCCGAGAAUUAUAAGCCUGUGGAUGCGGGAGCCGGCGAUGGAUAUCAGACAAUCCCAUUGGCGAAGAUUGAGGAUUUUGGCGCACACAGCAGUCGUUACUAUUCAUUGGAAGUCUCCCACUUUAAGAGCUCGCUCGAUACGCAUCUGCUGGAGCUGCUAUGGAAUAAAUACUGGGUGCAGACGCUGAGCCAGAGCCCGCUAUUUACGAAUAGAGAGUAUAGUAGCAAGCAGAUGCUAGAUCUAAGCUCGAAGAUCAGACAGGCCAGCUCGGCGAUCCAGCGUACGGGUAGAGCACCCAUGGGAAAUGGUGUACAUAAGACGACGGAUCAGCAGUUGGACAAGGUGCUCAAGGAUAGCAAUAAGAUUGCAGGGGAGGAGAUGACAGGUUUGAUGGCUGGGGAAGUGAAGGCGAAGCUCUUCAAUGGUCUUGGCGAUGCGGGGAAAGGCCAGAGCAGUACUCCCGCCGGCCCUGUGGAAUCAUGA